CUCCGCCUCCUGGGUUGGUGGAGACUGUCCCAGCAGCAUUUAAAUUCUGGGAGAUCCAAGCUGUCAGCAGCAGGACAAGGAGGAGCUAAGCAUCAGCAUCUCGGCUUUGCAGUCUCCUGCAGCAUUCUCUGGCAUUCUCCGAGGAAGCCAGCCAAGGAGCAACUACAGCCAUGAGAUUUGCAGUGAUUUGCUUUUGCCUCUUUGGCAUUGCCUCCUCUCUCCCGGUGAAAGUGGCUGAUUCUGGCAGCUCCGAGCAGAAGCUGCAUUACAGCAAACAUACAGAUGCUGUAGCCACAUGGCUGGAAACCGACCCAUCUCAGAAGCAAAAUCUCCUAGCCCCACAGAAUGUCGUGUCCUCUGAAGAAACAGAUGAUCUUAAACAAGAAACUCUCCCAAGCAACUCCAAUGAAAGCCAUGACCACAUGGAUGAUGACGAUGAUGACAAUGAUGACGGAGACCAUGCAAACAGCCAGGAUUCUGUGGACUCUGAUGAAUCAGAUGAGGAUGACCAUCCUGACGAUUCCCACCAUUCUGAUGAGUCUGAUGAGUCCAUUACUGUUACUACACAAACAGAAGUCUUCACUCCAGCUGUCCCUACAGUAGAGAUCCCUAACGGCCGAGGUGACAGUUUGGCUUAUGGACUGCGGUCAAAGUCUAGGAAGUUCCACAUUUCUGAUGACCAGGAUCCUGAUGCUACAGAUGAGGAUCUUAGCUCCCACAUGAAGAGCAAGGAGCUGGUUGACACCCUCAAGGUUAUUCCGGUUGUCCAUCGUCUGAACAUGCCCUCUGAUCAGGACAGCACUGGGAAGACCAGCCAUGAAUCAAGUCAGCUGGAUGAACCAAGUGUGGAAACCCACAGCCAUGAGCAAUCCCAGGAGCACAAACAGAAAGCUAGUCAUGAGAGCACUGAGCUGUCUGAUGUGAUUGAUAGCAAGGAAAGUUCCAAAGCAAGCCAGGAACAUCAGAGCCAUGAAGACAAGCUAGUUCCAGACUCUAAGAGUAAGGAAGACAUUAACCAUCUGAAAAUUCGUAUUUCCCAUGAAAUAGAGAGUUCAUCUUCUGAGGUCAAUUAAAAGAGAGGCAAAACCACAGCUCCUUACUUUGCUUUUAGUUAAAAAAGAAGAAGAAGAAGAUUAGUGAGGGCUAAGCAAGAAUAUUAACUGCUCAUUUCUUAGUUUAGUGGGUAUAUGUAUGUGGAGAAGAAAAUAGAUAAUAUUUGGGGCUAUUAGCUUAGUUUGUUGCUCCAUGAAAACACCCUUGUAACCUAAAAGCUUCAGUACUUUGCCUCUGUUCUUUCUGUAGAAGUACAAAUGGCCACUGCAUCUUAAUGAUUGUUAUUACUUUAUGAAUAAGAUGUAUGUAGACACAAGCAAAAUGCUUUUACAUGGAUAAAAGAGAAUCUAUAACAAUGUCACUACAAUCUUUUGUUUUUAUAAUUAGUGUAUAUUUUGUUGUGAUUAUUUUGUUGGUGUGAAUAAAUCUUGUAUCUUGAAUGUA